UGGCCAGCGUAUCGAGCGGGACACGCGCGCUAGGACGCGCAGUCGCGCCGCGCCGCCCGCCCGAGCGCCUCGCACGCUCGCAGCUCCACGCCGACACUCGCUCCGUGACAACCUUGCCGUGCCGACCCCGGCUCACAACAAUAACACGCGCGACCUCCACACUACCGUCUCCGACUCGGAGAUCCGUACCCCCAGUGCCGGGCACGAGUGCGGUGCUCGUGCCACGUGACCACGGCCCGGGCCCUGGCCCGACAUGUGAAAAACAAAGCCUUUGUGACAGCACCGGCCAGGGGCAUGUGGUGUGCCACACUUACGCACAAAAUGAAAUAAUAAGAAAGCAUCGUGACCCCCGGCAUGAGGUCGGGGGAGGCGGGCGAGGGUUCGGAGCUGGCCGAGUUCGGCGCGCGCUGGCCCCCGCCCUACAACCAGGGCUACGGGUGGACGCGCUCCGCCACGCCGCAGCAUCCACCCGCGCAUCACCUUGCCAGGCACUCCAGGAGCCACCAGUGGUUGCAGGACAACCGGCACACAAGCUACGAGGCAGAGGACGCGCGAGGCAGGGCGCGGGGAGGGGUGUACUACUCUCCGCCGGGCACCUCGUACACCAUCGUCGAGAGGCCAGCCUCGUCCCACGGCCACCAUACCUCGUACUCGCACCACUACGCGGGGAAGCUGUCCCGGGCGCCUUACCUCGGCUCCACUACCAUUGCUAAUAGUGCAGCUGGAGCAACGAGCUUACGAAACAGCACGAAUCACCUGAGCGCAGCAAACGGCAAGAAGCGGCCGAUAUCCCCGGAGCAGGUGCUGCGGCUGUUCGGGCAGGGCGGCGCUGCGGCGCUGGGCAAGGCACUGCCGCCGUCGCACCCCCCCGCGCCGCUGCCCGCGCCCCUGCCUGCGCGCAGGCACUCGCCCGCCAGCAGCCCCAGCAGCACUACGCACCAUGCAAUAUACCGUGGUGGUGACCGGGAGCGUGAACGUCCGUAUUCGUCGGGCGGGGUGCCGCCGCCGCCGGCGGAGCCCGCCACGCGGACCGUCACCAUGAGCCGGGACCCCGCUGACUCGCAUGGCUUUGGCAUCUGUGUCAAAGGAGGGAAGGAGGCAGGCGUAGGUGUGUACAUAUCGCGAGUGGAGGAGGGAUCGGUAGCAGAGCGUGCGGGUCUCCGCCCAGGGGACUCCAUUCUGCAAGUCAAUGGCACUCCGUUCUCCGGAAUUUCGCACGAAGAUGCUCUCAAGAUGCUGAAGUCAUGCCGUCAGCUGACGAUGACGGUUCGGACUGCGGGGGCUCUGGUGGGGCGGGCCUCGUGCUCCUGGAUGGACCGCUACGGUCGCCCCGCCUCGCCACCGCCGCUGCGCCCUCCCCGAUCCGCCAGCAAAGACCGCUCUAUACGAAGGGUUGACCUAUGUAUAGAGCCGGGACAGUCAUUAGGGCUAAUGAUAAGAGGAGGGCUGGAGUACAACCUCGGCAUCUAUAUCACUGGGGUCGACAAGGAUUCCGUGGCAGAUAGAGCAGGACUUAUGGUAGGAGACCAAAUUCUGGAGGUGAACAACCAGUCGUUCGUGGACGUGACGCAUGAUGAGGCGGUGGCUCAGCUCAAGUACCACAAGCGAAUGUCCUUGUUAGUUCGGGACGUGGGGAAGGUACCACACGCCUGUACAGCUUAUGGGGAACGGGACGCCGCACCUAGAAUAAGUGGUUGGGGGAAGCGUCGCGGCGCGGCGGCCACGGCGGUGGAGCAGAAGGCGCGGUCCCUGCUGCCUCAGUGCGACCUGCCAGCUAUAGCCUACUACAUGGAGGAGUACGCCGCCAGGAGACUCACGCCCGACUCCUUCCUCACCGUCGUCAGGGAUCUCCUCGAUACGCCGCAGAAGUACACGCUUCUGACGGAGAUAAGAGAGUUCAUGUUGCCGGAGGACAGGGCGAGGUUCGACGAGCUCGUGUAUAGGAGAGGCGAGGAGCCAGUCGACCACCACAUCAAGCGGGGUUCCGAGCGACACAUGCUACCCUCCUCGACGAUGCAUGAGUUGCACGACCCGGAGGGACCGGCGGAGGCACCUCUCGUAGCCGACCAUCGCUCGCCCUCCGAGGACUCCGGCCUGGGCCUGCCACCGCAUGACCAUGCUUACAGGAGCGGGCGCGCGUGGCGGCCCAGCGACGCGCCGGCCCCGGAAGACGACCUGGAGCCCCCGCACGAGGAGUACGAGGAGGAGGGACGGCGCUCUCGGCGACACUCUUCCCCGUGCAACUCGAGAGAGGGCAGCACUACUGCACUCCACACGCAACACUACGAUGAUUCCGAGUUAGCACACAAUUUGUCGAGAAGUUUCGACAUGAAAGAGGAUAGUGGUGCGUUGUUGGAGGAGCGGGGCGGCAUCCGGAGGCACCAGUCGAUGCAGCGGCUGCAGCACGGCGAGGCGGACGAGGCGCGGGCGGCGCGCGUGGUGCCCGACCACCACGGCAACCUGCACAUCACCGUCAAGAAGACCAAGCCCAUCCUCGGCAUCGCCAUCGAAGGCGGCGCCAACACCAAGCACCCGCUACCUAGAAUUAUUAAUAUACAUGAGCACGGAGCUGCUUAUGAAGCUGGCGGGCUGGAGGUGGGCCAGUUGAUCCUCGCGGUGGACGGACACCGCGUGGAAGGCCUGCAGCACCAGGACGUGGCGCGGCUGAUCGCCGAGUCCUUCGCGCAGAGGGACAAACCGGAGAUCGAGUUCCUAGUUGUGGAAGCAAAGAAGUCCAACUUGGAGCCGAAGCCGACCGCGCUGAUUUUCCUGGAGGCCUAACAUCUACUGUCCCUCCCCGCCAGCGACCCGCCGGCCGCGCAGGGCAGCGCGGCGGUGCGGGCCGACCUCACCGCGCACACCACGGAAUAGCCAACUCCAACCUGCGCUGCCACAUGCUCUUCUGAGCAGUGACGCGUGACGCGGCCACGCAGGCACGGGAGGCGACACACCGCCCGUCCGGACCGACCGAACUAACUACUACAGCGCACCGCCAGACGGGUUUUGGAUGAAAUCUCUCGAGACCGGAACGCGGCCAUCCCCGAUGGCCGCUUCGGUGGUGAUGAAGUUUUUUUAAAAGUUUUCUAGGAGAGUAGCUAUUAAUCCGAUUUUAACAGUAGGCGGCGACUGAAUUUUAUAAAGAAAAUCUCCUACUUUUACCGUUUACUAUAAGUUCAUCUUAAAAUUCACAAAUUUUAAAAUCACAAUUUUUAAAAAUUUAGAGAGAUCGAUCAAUUCUGCGAAUAAUUUCAUAGAACUAGAGUUGUAAAAAGUUGACGAUAACAUAGAUCUUUCAAAUUUCAUUUUGAAUCGUGCUAAAAUUCAAUCGAUCGGUAACGGUGCUACGAGAAGAUAUCAUGUUUCAAGUAAAGUAUCGUCGUCGAGUCAGAGUCAUGUUCCCAUCCGUAGUAGCGAGUAGUGUUCGCGUAGUGCUCCCGGUCGGAAGGUGCAAGCGUCCUAAGCAAGCUCGCCGAGUGUUGCGUCGGCUCCUCAUAGCUUCUACUACAUUAUGUCAGCUUUUACCACUCAUACAUUUCUAUUAGAAUGAGCCCGACGUUUUGAGUUCCACUUAGAAACCAUUCGAGUCAAUCAAAAUUACUACCAUUUCGUAGUUCCCCAUUUUCUGAAUACGUUUAGCUGACCCUUGAUUGAAACGCAAAAGUACAUUCGGUUCGUCCUCGGUAUCGCUUCGUUUAGUUUGCUUAGCGAGUGUCACAUAGAAGGUGCGUCAAACAUGUCAUUCCAUCAGGUAGAUAAGCGGUGAGUUUACGAAAUUAUGGCGGAGAGGGAUUUUAGCCCACUCUUUAUGGAUAUUUACGUAGAAAUAAGUGAAUGUGUGCAAUAUAAUCAAAUGUUAGAUGUUAGAAUCAAUAACCAGUGUUGUGGGUGACAGCCCGAGCUUCUGCCGCGUACAGCAGCUGCGGUACGUGAGUACACGUUCCACUAACUACUCGUAUUUGUAUAAAUGUAACAUGCUAUAACUGAACCUCAUUAUCCUAUCUCAAGCGACCGUUGUAAAUAUAUAUAUCUGUAUGUACUCAUAAGCUGUAAAUAUCAAAUUUGAAUGUAUUGUAAUAUAUUAUUAUAAAUAUUUAUUGAAGUUAGUGCCAAAAGCAUUUUACAUUCCCCACUAGGCGUGUACAGUACGCGGUGACGCAGAGCCGCUGCGCUGGUGGCGUCCUCUGCGGCGUCCACCUCUCUAUUACUUACAGUUUAUCGAUUGCUAUCUCACUCAAUACGCUUCUAAUGUUAGGAUUUGAUCAUGAUUGAAUACUUUGAUUGUAUAAUAACAAUACAUUGCGUAUUUGAAUAAAUAUCUAUUAAAAUUGUAUACUUUCACGUUGUACACGAUGAUGGCGGCAUGAGUAUUUCUGUUCUUUUGAGAACGCUUGUGAAAAGUUCAAAUUGUGUCAUGUAUAGACAUCCGCCUUUCCUGAUUACUGUUUUAUCCACAAAAAUAAUGAGCAGAAAGUGCACUGAAACAAAUAUAUUUUGUACGAGUAAUUAUAGUUAAUUUUAACUUAUACCUAAUUGUAUUUAAAGUACCAAUAAGUUUUUAUGAUUACACUUAAGCGGACAUAUAUGUGUAUUGUGUAGGCAGGCUCGUGUGACCGGCAGCCUCGUAUUUGAGUCAAUUCAUCAUUUACGUAUUAAACACGUUAAACCAAAAGCAAUGUACGUAGAGAAUAAGAGAUUAUUUUAACAACAAACUAUUUUAGGUUACCUAAUGUGUUUAUAUGAUAUGAUAUUAUGGUAAUGAUUUCGCAAACCUGCUGAUCGUUUAGUUUGUAGAUUUGUUUACCAACAGCUUGCAGUCGUUUGUUUAGACCGCGUCUAAAGUACUAGCCUUUGAAUCCCGCAGUACCUCUCAUGAUUGGCAACCUAUAUAUCCUAAAUAUUAUGAGCCGUCCAUUUAAUUUGCAUUUAGUUUAUCCUCGGAUGCUGUGAGGUUAACGUGGAUUAUAUCUGUACAAUGGACCUCAGCUAAUGUCAAUGUGUUGGUAAACAUUUCACAGGUACCUAUUUAGAUAAUGUUUAAACUUCGCGCAGGUGUUUCGUUAAGAAGAUCUAUGUUGUAGUCUGUUGUUAAGUUUGUCGUUGAUGACAAAAAUAUAUUGUUAUCUAGAUAAUUA